GUUACAGCUACAAAAAAGUACCAGUCAAGUUCAGACUGCAUGAGAAAGAUGGAUAAAAUGGUUCUCUGUCUUCUGUUUCUCUGUGCAAAUCUUUUCGCGUUUAAUGCUGCCAAUCCCGGAUAUGAAGAUACAGAUGACGAUAAUGGUGGACACUCUACCGAGUUCAGACCCAUGGGGUAUGAAUGGAACAUCGCAGAACUCGAAUACGGCCAUGAUAUGCUCAAUAAAAUUUACUCGCUCAGCAAAAAACGGUCUGCCUUCCCGAUUGGUAUCAGGGCCAUCGGUAAAAAAGGAGAGAAAGUUGAAUUUGAUGCUGAAUUUUACAAGUUCUACAAAGCUUUACCUGAAGUUCUGAAAACCUUGCAAGCACGCCUUGGAAGCGUUUUGAAAGACAACGGUAUUAUUGGAGUUGUGACAGGAAGGAUCAAGAGUUUGUCAUCACUGUCGGCGAAGAUGGAAAAAGACGGAAUAACGGACUAUCGCAAAAUAACGGACAUUGUAGGCGCCCGAGUUACUUUUCAAACCAUUGAUGAUAUUGUAAAGUUCAAGAAUGCAUAUGUUGAAGCGUUCAACGACACUGUGAACGAGAUCCGAUGCUAUGGUGUUUGUGGGCCAGCGAUUGGCAGCGUCGAUCAACGCGAAAAAAUUUACUGGCCCUGGAAAAGUUCCGGCUAUCGUCGUCUUCAUUUCAAGGUGUUUUGCUUUGUAUUUUAAGGUGACAGCCUGGUUAAAAGCUUGUUUUCAGUUUAUUCCUGCCCUUUUUCUUAAUUGUCUUGCCAAGAUUUCAUUCAAUCAAAAAUGACUCCAUCAAGUCGGAGUCCUUGGUCCAAUAUGUAUACAAAGUAGGGGCGAUGUUGAAACUUUUAAAAAUUGGAAAAUAUUGGAUUUGGGGUUGUUAAAGAUUAAAAUAAAAAAAGUGAAUGAUUAGUUGCCAAAUACCAGAUCUAGUCCACCACCACAACAAGAUGCAUCUUAUCCCAUCAGCGGACUAACUGAAUUAUGUGUGCACCUUUCCUGCCAUAAUUAUUUCCUUCCCAAAUUAACAUCAUCACCAGGAUGCCGCCUUGAUGUAUCCUUUACUUAGAAAAUAAGGAUCUUCUUGCAAUUCUUAUUAAUAUAUAUUUUUUCUUCUCGCUUGUCUCUCUGACCGAGGAGAAAUGGUGACUGGUAAGAGGUGGCACUAUACCUAGUAACAAUACCAUAGGUGUAUGCAAAUCAAUGUGUGGGCUUGAGCGGAAAUCUUGCCCCCUUCGUCACUAAAAGCCUGCACACCAUGAGUUAUUCAAAAUUUGGAUAACUUAUCCACUGAAUAGUGAUUUAUACGGUGGAUAGCGCUGUCCAACUUUGCAACAAUUUGGGCCAGCUCCCUUAGCGUAAAUCUUUUUCAUAAACUGAAUCUCAGGCUGCUCAAUUGAACUCCCAAGCCGCAAAGCGGCCUGGAAAUGUCUGAAUUUGUUUUAUAAUUAAUAUGUUGUCACUUUCAAAGGUAGCACUCCCAGAGGUUGAUACAGCAGGAGAGGUUCAAAUGGGAACACCAUACAUGACGCUCUGGGCAGACUGGGGACAUGACGUGGUUUACAAAGGGCCUGCACGCUUUACACAGAACGAGAAUGUCAAGAAGUAUGCUCAGAGGUUGGCCAAAUACUACAUGAUGCUUGAUGAUAUACGAAAUGAAAUGCUUCCAUCGUGUCCCAAAAUUUUGCAGGAAAGUUUGAAAGAGUCCGAUUCUUCUCUUAAUGAGUGCUUGUUCUGGAAUGACCUUCGCACAAAUAUGUAGUAAAAACUGUAAUUUUCUGGUGUUGGCUCUUGGUGUUACUAAUAUGAAAAGUACAAUUUAGCUAACAUACAAGUAACUCGCUGAGUAAAAUAAAUUGUCUGCAACAAUGAUUGGAUAGAAGUGGAUUUAGUUUUGUAAGUGAUAACCCCUGGAUCGUCAGUAGGCAGGGCGGUACAACCACAUGGUGAAAAAUGGCUUUCUUACCGAGAGAAAAAUUCAGGGCAGGUUCAUGUCUAAAGGUCUAAUUAUGGAGAGCGAUCGAUUUGCAAAUUUACCGUAAAUGAAUAGAAGCGUUCAGUUGCGGCAUGCCAUUCAUCGCGUGUGUUGCAAUACGCUAUUGCAUAUUGAAUUAGCCGACGAUUGUUUAGAUCGUUAUUCCCAAUACGGACCAUUCUUUGUUCACAUUCAGUUAGCUGUAGAUCACGCUUAAAAUUAUUAUUCAUUGUGCAGUGUAACUUUGUAGUGAAAACCGUUAGGACGCUGAAUAAACUUCGCUCGUCAAAAGUUGUCUUGUCAGGAUAUUUCUUCAUGCUGGAAGCAGAAAGUACAUGAGGAAACA